AUGUCUAAAAAGCAAACUACUGAAAAAAAGAGUGAACCUACAGUUGAAAAAACCACUGUCACCUCUGUUGGUAAAUCAACAAAGGAAGUUGUUAAAGGAAAGAGUUGGGGUAGAAUUAUUUUUAGUUCAUACAUUACUCUUGUAGUAUUGUUGAUUUUAUUCUUGAUCCUUCACCUCGCACACAAUCACUUGGUUUACCAAUCAAAUCUUGUCACUCAACAUGACUCUAGAUUGAAGAGAUUGUACAAGGAAGGAGAAAGAGCUGCACCUCUCUUCUCUCAAAAUGUUAAUGUUCUUCCACCUGCCAUUGUUAAUCCAAUCAAUCAAGUCAUCAGAUUAAUUAAUGAUAAUCCAAAAGUUAAAGAAUUGAAUAUUAAUAUUCCUCUCUUCCCAAUUAAUGAAUUUGUUGAAAUUAAUAUUAGAGUUUCUUCAAUCCCAUUCAUUGCUUUACUCAUUGCUUUUGCCUACACAAUGACUUCUAAAGUUCCAGUCAUUUUGGGUCAAAUCAUUGAAGGAAAUGGUAAAUUGGACAAUGAUACUCCAAGAGAACAACAAUCCAAGUUGACUGGAUUCGGAUCAAGAGCUUUGGGUGCUCACAAUAACGCAUUCGAAGCUUUGAUUGGUUUUGGUAUUAUUGUUGCUGUCACUUUGCUCAGAAUUAAUGGUGAUUCUAGUGAACGUGCCUCAUUGUUGGCUCUUUCAUUGGUUAAGGAAUCAAUUUGUUUCAUUGCUGCUAGAACUGUCUUCCAAAUUGUUUAUGUUUUGGGUUUCCCAGGAUUUAUUAGAACUUUGGUUUGGGCUUUCGGAUGGAUUUCUGUUCUCUCAUUGUACAUUCAAAAUGCUGUUUAUUAAAUUGUUAAAUUAUAAUAA